GCCAUAGUGAACGUGGAUGGAUGGAUACCAACAAUUUUAAAAAUUACGUCGAAAAAGUGUUUCAUCCGUGUUUAGUGAAACAAGGCACAAAAUUUCCUGUUAUUUUUUUGUGGACGGCCAUGUAUCCCAUAAAUCUAUAGAAGUUGCCUAUAAUGCCAAUCACUUGGUAUAAUUUUAAUUUCAUUAUACCCCAACACAACCCACAUCACCCAACCUGCUGACGUUGCCGUUUUUAAACCGCUGAAAGACGCAUGGAGAGAUUCCCUGGAGCAAUGGCGUUUUCAAAAUGCAAAUGAAAAUUUCACCUUGAACUAUUUCGGCGAAAUGCUACAGAAAGCAAUGAAAAUCGGUAUAAAAACAGCUAGCAUAAAAAAUGGAUUCCGAGUGUGUGGUUUGCAUCCCUUCACCCCAGACCACGUUGACUUCACUAAAUGCCUAAGCAAAUUACAGUUAUAUCCCGACCCUAGUCAAUCAGAAACAGCCUCUCCGGAAAAUGUAAUACAUGCAGACGAUACCAGAGCAACACCUACACAUACAAACACUGAUAAAAAAUAUGUAUCAAUUCCAAUUGACAAACUGUGCCAUGCGUUGGACAUGAUUGGUGACGAAGCGCUGCAACGAAUUACAAAAAAGGACAUUACAAAACUAUCUCGCCUUGAAAGAUGCAUCAAAUAUUUUUACACAGAAUGCAUCAAGCCAUAUGUUACAAUAGAAUCAAAUAUGGAAGAUUAUGAUUUACAAAGCAUCGCACAUUCAAGUAACUAUGAAAUGGAAAUACCAUCUGAAUCCCAGAACCACCCACACGAACAUAAUAUUGAUACAGUCUAUACAAGUGAACCAACAUCGCCCGAACAUUAUUCAGCAUUAUUAAAUGAAAAUCUAGACAACCAGGAAAUCGAAAUAUCAUCUGAAUCGCACAACUACUCACAAUACCAUUACAGUGAAACAGUUUGCACAAGGGAAACAUCAUGGAUUCAACAUUAUUCACAUGGUUUUGCAUGUGAAGACCUGAUUAUCGAGCCCGUUGAACCAUUUUCUCCAAUCGAACUGAACAGACAAAGUUCCAUAGAUCAAAACGUUUUUUUCGAACCAUCUGAACCACCAAUAGAGCAGCAGAUUGAUCAAAAUGACUCGUUCAUGGAACAGGCUGAGCCCCCAAAUUCAGAAGGAUCUAGCAACAUGGAACGUCUGGUGAAAGAAUUGUUUGAAGACCCUAAUACAGCAGACAAAGCUCAAAAUAAGGAAAAUGUGCCAUUUUCAGACGUUUUCAACUUGCCCCCCACACCUUGCCGAAGUCAAAAACAUCGCAAUUUUAAAUUGCGCUACUACCCAGUUCUUACUGCAGGCGAGCGGCUGCAUGAAAUGAACCGCAAAGAGGAAGAAAAACUUCGACUGCAAGAGGAACGGAAGAAAAAAGCUAUGCUACGCCAGAAAGCCAAGGAAAAACGAGAAGCGGAGCAAAAAGCUAAGAAAGAAGCUCGAUUGCUAAAGGAAAACGAAUGUGAUAACUUAAAAAAGUGCUAUAGUCGAAUUAAAUUAUUAUAG